AUGCGGCUCAACAUGGGGAAGCCGGCGCUGUGUUCUUGUGAAUCGUCGGGAGCACUGGCUGUUGAGUUUGCGCGCAAGUGGUUUCAAUUCGUCACGCUACGCUUGUCAGUGCAUCGACUUAUAAAUGGAUCAGACGGCUACCACUCUCUCCGGGUCAGGCUAUGCCUGCAGAUGGCUGCAAUCGUUUUGUCGCCUGCGCUUCACGAGCAACUCUCUCGGCAAUACCGUGAACGCUGUCCACAACGAUUAGCGCUUAUGGAAGAUCUCAGCAAGGACAUAAGGAUGCUUGAGGAACAGGAGCAGAGACUAGCCGCUCAACUGCAGCAUGCUCGACAGUCGCGUGAUUUGGCCGCAGAGACGCAAACGCAAGCGUCCGCAUUUUCCAGUUCCACGGAACAAGCAGAGACGUCGGAUAUGGCUGGGCAAAGCUCUCCGCGAGGCACUACCCAGGUGCCUAGAGAUCUGGUGGAACGACAAUCUGAGCCUGCCUUGGAAAAGCCCUUGGACGAGGCUGUUGCGUCACCGUUCGUUGCUCAGACUCCUUUCCGAUCACCAAUGCCAGUGACGACCACAGAAGGGGCUUGGCGAGAGUCAGCUGCCGUGGCCUCCACCACGCAUUCUAUGGCCAGCGGGGAUCUCACAACAUCAUCGGACUGGUUGACGCACGCUGAGAGAACAUCGGAGUCUGCUUCAUCGCUGAUUUGGCAUUACCAGACGACCCCUUUGUUUGCCGCAGGUGCCCCACAGGCGGUCGUGUGUGGGGGCCCCUGCACCAGCGGCGAUAGCGGUGGACCCCCAUAUUCUCUAUCCCCAACCGUCGAACACGCCGGCGCUGCGCAUACUACUGGGGACCCGCGCACAGAGAGUGAUAUGCCUGAGGACGUCGUGGAGUUCGUUCUGUCCUAUUCCGCACCAGCAGUGAUGGCGUCUGAGGACGGUGCUGCGCUCUUCGCGGAAUCGGCACCCUCGUUCAUUCAGCCAUGGAGCUCAGAGUAUCCGCCGCCGCGGAUCGUCUCCCCGAGCGAGCAGGCGGCAACGAGUGCUUCAUUGUUCCAGCCGACUACGAGUGCCUCGGACGAAGGCGCAACACUAUUUGCAAUCCCAGCUAGUAGCAGCGCGUUUUCGGGGCCAGGGUGGAGCUCGCCACGACUGCAACCAUCCUGG